GGAAGGGAUAUACUCCUCCCAUUCAUCUCCAGUUGGGCGUUUCCCUACAGGAUAGCCCAAAACAGGCACAAAUAUAGCUAGUACAAUGAAACAAGUAGUUAGAAUAGCCAUCGUUAUAUUAUUCUUUCUCUCUGUUCUUAAACAAUAGGUUUGUUUAUAUAAACAAGCCUCUCUUGGCAGUUUUCCCGGUAACUGUUCCAAAACAAACCAGGAUAACCAAAACAAUCUCCCCGUACGGGCCACCAGAAAAUCUGUGAUGGUUUGGACUUGGCUCCCUGCCAAAUGCCCGAAAGUCACGACAGCAACCCCCUUCCUCCCUCCCUUCUCCUCUUAGGGCAAAGAAGAAAAAAAAAACUAUAAAAAAAUUAAAGAAUCCAAAGUCAAGCUGUUUAUAUAAAAUAUAUAUAUAUUUACGUAAAUUAAAGUUAUAUACAGUUAAGAUGCUAUAUACACAGUAAAAGGGGAUCCACUCCCCGAAGGGAUAGGGAAAGGGGAAAAAAAAGGGACACCGAACAGGUAUACUUAAUCAAAUUCAAGAACUAUACUAGUAAUUAACAAAACAGAUCUCACCACUUCCCUUAGAAAAAGCAGGAUUAGCAGACACAGCCAGCACUCUCCGAACCCCCCACGUGUCAGGCCAGCGGUCGCUGCAGGCCUCAGCUUUAGAUAAGCGAGACCAACGCAAGGACCUACAGUUCCCGACCCUCGUUGGAAGAGAAGAGAGCGAGGAUGGCGAACCGGGGCCCGUCGUACGGGCUGAGCCGGGAGGUGCAGCAGAAGAUCGAGCGUCAGUACGACCCCGAGCUGGAGCAGCUGCUGCUGCGCUGGAUCCAGACCCAGCUGGGCCCCGACGCCCCCGCCCCGCCCCAGCCCGGCAGGGACGGCUUCCAGCAGUGGCUCAAGGAUGGCACCGUGAGUGACCCUGACCCCAUAACUCAUCCUACAGCCCUGACCCCAUAACUGACCCCAGAACUGACCCUAUAACUCAUCCUAAAACUGACCCCAUAGCCCUGACCCCAUAACUGACCCCAUAACUGAUCCCCUGCCCCAGCCCGGCAGGGACGGCUUCCAGCAGUGGCUCAAGGAUGGCACUGUGAGUGACCCUGACCCCACAGCCCUGACCCCAGAACUGACCCCAUAACUGACCCCAGAACUGACCCCAUAACUGACCCCAUAACUGAUCCCCCGCCCCAGCCCGGCAGGGACGGCUUCCAGCAGUGGCUCAAGGAUGGCACUGUGAGUGACCCCAUAACUGACCCCAUAACUGAUCCUACAGCCCUGACCCCAUCACUGACCCCAUCACUGACCCCAUAACUGACCCCAUAACUGACCCUAUAACUGACCCCAUAACUGACCCCAUAACUGACCCUAUAACUGACCCCAUAGCUGACCCCAUAGCUGACCCCAUAACUGAUCCCCUGCCCCAGCCCGGCAGGGACGGCUUCCAGCAGUGGCUCAAGGAUGGCACUGUGAGUGACCCUGACCCCAGAACUCAUCCUAAAACUGACCCCAUAGCCCUGACCCCAUAACUGACCCCAGAACUGAUCCCCUGCCCCAGCCCGGCAGGGACGGCUUCCAGCAGUGGCUCAAGGAUGGCACUGUGAGUGACCCUGACCCCAGAACUGAUCCCACAUCACUGACCCCAGAACUGACCCCAUAACUGACCCCAUCACUGACCCCAGAACUGACCCCAUAACUGACCCCAUAACUGACCCCAUAACUGACCCCAUAACUGAUCCCCUGCCCCAGCCCGGCAGGGACGGCUUCCAGCAGUGGCUCAAGGAUGGCACCGUGA